AUAUGUAUGACGUGUGCAUCGCAGCGACAACCGCGACGAUACGUCGGUCGGCGUGUUCACGUUGAAAUGAGAAAGUCGUUACCGCUGCGCUGAGGAUUGGGAACGACGACGCACGCGAGCCAGCCAGACGGACAAUUCCCGUACUAAGCAGAGGUACGGAGAACGAAGGCAGCGACAGUAACAGCGGUACGUUGAGUCGAGCGUGCACGAAGAGUCGUGGCUGCUCGCGUUGCCUAUCCGCUCUCGUCUAUCUGCCUGUACUUACGAGUAUAAUCGUUGAACAUUUGAAAAAUGAAUUUCACACCUUUCCCUGGGUUUACUGGCUCACUGCCGACCGGGACCGUUCAUCAAUUUGCCACAGCAAAAUUCGCGCAGAAUCUUACUACUGGAGGACAAGUGGUCGGAGUUUUAUCCGGUGGCGAAGGUGGAGUUCACUAUUUGAGGCCAGUCGAUCCGAAUGGUUUUGCCGUGGCCCAGAGCGGUAAUAAUCAACAACAGCAAAUUAUUACUUUGCCUAUCACUGUCCCGGGAAAGGAUGGCACGCAGCAACAACAGACUGUUCAGAUACAAGUGGUCAAUCCUAGCGUGUCUCAAAGCGGAAACAGCGGCGAUCAGCCAAAGUAUCAUUUGGCACCGAUAUCCCUGAGUCAAUUUCCACAGGGAGCAGCUACCGUUCUCACUGUUGCCUACAGUCAGCAAGGUGCGGAUGGUGUUCAAAUUCAAGUACAACCACAAAACACCGUAGCGACUACGCAAACAUCCGAUCAGACGACACAAAGUACGUCUACCGCUGUAACCACUACGUCUCAACAGACUAUCCAACAGACGGUGCAGCUUCCGGGAGCACCCGAAGGUCUGACUGUAGUCGCCCAAAUUCCUCAAGACUUGAUUCUGCGAGAAAGUAUAGAGGAGUCUAAAGAGGAUGUAAAGGAAGGCACGACACCUGUGGCUCUUAUUAAACGAGGCAGUGUCAAGAGUCAAGGUAAUCAGAGUGGGGAAGAAUUCAUUACUUCUAUGCCUGCCAGUUGGCAGAGCCUCGCUGCUCCGGGCUCUACGGUCGCAGAUUAUCUCUCUAGACUGCCAACAAGUACUUUGCCGCUUAGUUUACAACACUUUCUCAAGUUUUCGGCGGAAACUAUUAAAAGGGAAGCUACCAUUGAAUCCAGUCCGCUCGGAGCGGAUGGUCUCGAUGCUUCCGGAAGCACAGCUUCAGGAGAGCAAGCUGUGCAGAUUACAGUCGCCGGGGGAGAAACAGCGAUCAUUCCCGACGUUGUUGAAGAACAAGAGCCAGGGGCGAAACCGAAACGGAAAAAGAAAUACAAAAAGAAGCCACCGAAACCGAAGAAACCAAAACCAGGGCAAGUAAGCAUAGUUACCGCUCUCGAUGGUACGACUCUAUUUUGCUGCCCUCAAUGUAAUAUGGCGUAUCCGGAGAAGGAAAGUUUGGAACAACAUCUGAUCGGACACAAAAUAGAGAGGAGAUUUAUAUGCGAUAUUUGCGGCGCUGGUCUUAAACGGAAGGAACACUUGGAGCGGCACAAAUUAGGUCAUAAUCCUGACAGGCCUUUUAUUUGUUCCGUUUGCAUGAAGGGUUUUAAACGAAAAGAACACUUGAAUCUUCAUUUUGUUAUACAUUCGGGACAAAAGACCGAAGUUUGUACCGAAUGCGGCAAAGCGUUCUAUCGGAAAGACCAUCUCAGAAAGCAUGCGAGAUCUCAUCUUACUAAGCGUGCCAAAGAGGAUCCACUGAAUACGAAUGAUACGACGCAGAAUCAACAACAGGCGCAAGAUCAACAACAACAAGUGGAACAAAUGCAGCAACAGUCCUCAGUACCAGAGUUGCAGCAAAUUCAGAUACAAGUAGGACAAGGGUCUCAAGCGCAGAUUCAUCAGAUAUCCGUUAGUGAGCAGUCUACCGUAGUUUUACCUACAGCGGCUGAAACUGGAGCUAUGACUAUGCUUCAUCAUCAACAGCAGCAGUCGCAGCAGCAGCAACAGCAGCAGCAGCAGCAGCAGCAAUCGCAACAACCGCAACAGCAACCACAGCAACAGCCGCAGCAACAGCAUUAGCAACAGCAUACCGCCCCAAAUCAACUUGGGCGCUGCCGUUGCUGCCGCCGUCGUCGCCGCUGCUACCACCAUUACCACCACCACCACCACCACCACCAUCACUGCUGUUGCUGCUGUCGCCGCCAUCGUCAUCGCCGUCGCGUCGUCUUUAUACAUGGACCAGAUCUGAAAGUUAUGCCAGCAAGUCGAGAUGCCGUUGCAUCGACGUGCGUAGAGGUACACGAAUUCCGCUUACGGUCUGCAAUGAAUUUCCCACCGUUUGGAGGUCACUUCCCCAGCACUAUACCGAGUAUUCAUCAAUUCACCACUGACAGCUCCAGCGGUGCGGGCGCGCGUUACGCCAAUCAUUUUCCCAAUCAGCCUCCAAUUGGAGUGCCGGUUGUGGGAAAAUACCGUCCUGAGAAUAACGGCGUACAAUCCGCUCAAUCGCAAGUGAUGAUGAACAAUAAGGCUAACUAUCCCAACAGUAACGUUCACCAUUAUCCGAAUGUGCCGUACUCUCAAGCCCAGUCUGUUCAACAACGACCAACCAACUCACCUGGAAUGCAAGAGAAACGAUCUUAUCAUCAGCAAUCCACGGAAACGAUAAAUCAACAGGAUGUUUGCAAUCUUUUGCAAGACAAAGACAAGAACAAAGAGAAAAAGGGUGAGGAGCAACAACGCAAUGGAGAGACUACCACGAAUGGUGCUCAACAGGAUUACACGAUGCACCAACAUCAUCAACAGCACGCUCAUACUCAGACGCCAGCUACUAUGCCCGCGACAUGGCAGUCGCUCGCGACUCCUGGCUCCACCGUAGCUGAUUAUCUCAGCCAUUUACCAGCUAGCACUUUGCCAUUGAGUUUACAUCAUUUUCUCAAGUAUUCAGCCGAAAGUAUAAAAAAAGAGUCGGAAAUGGCGCAAACGACCUCGGUGGCUGUGGCGACUACGACAACGCCCAAUAUAAUGAUGUCACCGAAUAAUAAAAAGAAGAAAAAGAAGAAGACGCCGAAAGAGAAGAAACCACGUCCAAAGCCUGGUGAAAUUCGUUUAACGACAGCGUUGGACGGUUCGACAUUAUAUUGUUGUCCAGAAUGUCAUAUGGCGUAUCCAGAACGAGAAUUGUUAGAACAGCAUCUUUUAGGUCACACUUUAGAGAGAAGAUUUGUUUGUGACAUAUGUGGCGCUGGCUUGAAACGAAAAGACCAUCUUACGCGUCAUAAACAGAGCCACAAUCCUGAACGACCUUACGUUUGCACCGUUUGCUUAAAGGCUUUUAAAAGAAAGGAACAAUUGACGUUACAUUUUGUAAUACAUUCUGGAGAGAAGCGGCAUGUGUGCACUGAAUGCGGCAAAGGAUUCUAUCGGAAGGAUCAUUUACGGAAACAUACCAGAAGUCACAUUGCGAGAAGAGUGAAGGCUGAAUUAAGUCAAAACGCUGGUACACAACAAAAUCAACAAAAUAACGUUUCGAGUAUGCAAACCACAACCGUCUCGGCGUCAUCUGUUCUUCCGGGUGGACAUUCGGGUCCCCUCCUGUCCUGAGCCCCGCCACCAGGGAACUUUCAGGUUCCCCACCCAAAUAAUAUUCUUCAUACUCAUACAUCGCAUCAUUCGCUGCACCAUCAUCAUCUAACGGCGGUAAAUGUGGCGCAUCAAUCGAGCGUCACACCACUCGCUACAUCUGGUCACUAUCAGUCGCAUGAGCUUAGCUUUUUGGGACACGUUAAAGAUUUCUGAGACCAGAAGAGGACCUCGGCUAAGAGGUAACACCAAGAUGCUAAUUUAAUUGUCACUAUCGCGUCAACAACGCGUGAUGAAUAGUUCUGAGACUGACCCAUAAUUUGGAUUGAGUGUGAAUUUUAUAAACGUACUUGCGAUAUUAUGUGCUUCAAAAGCACGUUUCCUCUCGUUUUUUAACUUGUCAAUAUAACAGGGAAAAGGUGGAGGAGAAGGAGGAGGAGGCGGCGGCGGCGGCAGGAAAGUGAUGUCAUUCCCUCUUCAAGUCAUAAUUUAUUCUUGACUUGACGACUUCUCUUAUUAAUCUUGUAAUUUUUGUUGCCAGUAAUGUUCUCACCACAAUAAUGUCAUACAUGAAGAGAUAUGGUCACAUUUUGCGCAAGUAUACAAGAUGUCCAAUUAUAAUAAAUCUUUCUCGAAACUAAGUUAGAUCUGAUAUAUUUCUUUUUGUUUUAUUUUACAAAUAAAAAAUUAUUUUGUGAAAAUAAUUUUUGUCUAGCUGGAAACUAGACAGAAUUCAAACUUGAAAUUAAGGAACUAUUUUUAUUUAUUUUUACUUUACUUUUUUUAAUAUACAAAAUCUUUUUUUCACGUCAAUUAAUUUUUCUAGUCAUUCUGCAUAGUAUUAAGGUAAAGUCAGAAAUCAAGUUUAUACGAAAUAUAGGUUACAAAUUUAUUUAAUAUAAAAAUGAUAUUUAUUUUGCUUAGAUAUAUAUAUGUGUGACAGUUUUGAAAAAAAAAUUACUUAAAAUAUUAAUUAUAUUAUAUAGUUGGACAUCUUGUAAAUGUUAACAUAGAAGCAAUUUGGUGAGGUAAAGUAAAGCGUAUCUUUUAGAAAAAAGCUUUUUUCAAAA